CCGCUUCCUGUUGAGCUACAGGUUGACUCCAUCACUAUAAGAGCAUCAUUCAUCAUCACCUCUGAAACUCCAGAAACCAUCAGCUACACAYUCAACAGCUGUUCAGCAAGAACCAUCCAAACAAAUGUUCAUUUGAGCAAGAAAAAUGAACCGGAUCUUUAUCUUCUCUUUCCUUGCAGGUCUCAGUUUGGGGCUUGAGGUCCAUCAGUCCCACUCUGAUCUCAUCAAAAAAGCUGGUGAUGAAGUUCACAUUUUCUGCACCCAUGAAAGAACCGACUACAGAGUGAUCCUAUGGUACCAACAGUCACCUGGAGACACGGCCAUCAAGCUCAUCGGAUAUUUGUACUUCAAAGAUGCGACUAUGGAAGACGGAUACAAAAAGGACUUUGRGAUCUCUGGAGACCUUGGAGGGGAYACGGCGAAGAACGGAUCCCUGACGAUCCAAACUGUGAAACAGGAUCACUCUGCCGUUUACUACUGUGCUGCAAGAGAAGCACAAUGACAGAAAUCCUCUCUGCACCUCAACAAAAACUGAGCUGUUUUAUCAUCAGUGGUUKUUAUAGAAAAAUGAUUAAACGUCUUUCAAGCACCUGCUUCUGUGGUUGGAAAGAAGGAAGAGUCAACACACUGACUGAAUAUCUUGAGUCACUUUGUUUGAAUUAAACAUUUUUA